UGCUUUAUGUGAAUUCCGUGUGUAACCGCGAUGUUGUAAGCGUUCAGAUAAGCAAGGCUUUGUUAGUGACCUGCGGAAAUUUGUAGGCUUAAGUGAGCUUAUUUUGUAAAUACCCUAUUUUGUAUAUAGUACUGUACAUGAUGAGUUCCGCCACAUCACAGAGAGCAGGUAGAGCACCGAAAGAUAAAAAUAAACCACAACCAUCCCAUUCAACUACAAAAAGCACUUCUGAAGGGUCAAAGGCACCCGAUGGCAUUGUUUCAAAAAUACAGCCUACUGCUGAACAGUUGCGAAUAGCACAGAUUAUCAAUGAUGCCAACAAAUCUGAUUACCCGGAUCUGAAAGAUAAAGUGGAAAAAAUAAUAGAAAUAACAGGAAGGACAUCUGAUGCAGCCCUUGUAGCUCUUCAUGACUGUGACAAUGACUCCAAUAGAGCUGCAAUUAUGUUGUUAGAAGGGAAUCAAGAUGAGGGUAAGUGGGAAACAUCUGGAAAAAAGAAGAAAAACAGGCAAGCACAAAAGAAAGCACCUGAAGUGAAUGGCCAUGAACCAGCUUCUGCUGAGAAAGAAGAGAAAGAACCCGUUGAAAAUACCAACAGGAGAAGAGAACCUAAACAGAGAGAAGGCUACCGAUACCGCGGUCCUCCUCGUAUGAAUCGUGGAGGCAAUCAAGGACGUAACUGGCGUAACAAAGAAAAUGAGAAAAAUGAAAGAAAUCUGCAAGAAGGUCGAAGAGAAAGAAAUAACGAGGGAAGAUCGAGAGGUCCUCGCCGCGGUAGAGGAAGAGGAGGUCGAAGCAGGACUUUUCAGAACAGAGGACUGCAGAAUAAUGAUGGUUUUCCAGAAUCUAUUGAUACCUGGACAAAUAGUACAGCAGAGAAGGUUAAUAUGUCAAAUACAGCAGAUGCUACUAUGACUGUAGGAAAUUGGUCAGAUGUUGCUGUGACUGAAGAAUGGAGUGAGGAAGAUUGGACUGAAAAUCUCACUGAAACUAAAGUAUUUACUCCCAGUGCUGGCACUCAGUCAUCAGCUGUAUCUGGGCUUGACAUUCCUACUGCAACUGCUCUUGGACAAAACAGUCUUGAUUUGGCAAGUUUUCUACAAAAAGCCACAAAUUCAGAGCAAGGUGCAAACUCUAUUCCGGGAAAUAGUGUUAAUCAACAAGGCCAGUCAUCUUUAAUGUCCCAACAGAUGGUGCCUCAAAUACAACAGAAUGUCACACCUCAGUCCCAGUCUCAUUUUGAUUUCAAUCAGUUUGCCAAGCAAGCUGCUGAGAGUAUCAAAGCAGCAGUUGGUGUUGUAACUGUUCAAAAUACCCCAUCCGCUCCUUCCAUGAAUGCCAGUUCAUUUCAGUCAAAUAGUGGGACCUAUCAAUCUAAUUACAGUGUAAGCAACAACAAUAACCAGCACCAUGUCCAAAUUCCUCACGAACUGCAGCAAGUCAUUGUGUCUCAGUCCAGUUUCUCAUCAGGGUCUCCAUCUGGAGUCCAUAUGUCCAGAGAUUUGCAUUCACCUGUAGUUUCACAGCAGUCUGCGAGUGUUUCUACAGCUAAAACGACCACAACUUCACAACACCAAGCACCUCUGCCUCAAAGGGUAAAGCCUCCAAAAGCACGAUUGCCUCCUCCUUCAAAAAUACCAGAGUCAGCAGUUGUAAUGCCAGAUGAUGCUGUCACUUCUCUAGAUGUCCAGUUUGGUGCUCUUCAGUUUGGUGCUGAUUCGUCUCCCUUUGAUUUUGCUGCUGGUGAUAAUGGUAAUAAUUACCAAGAUCUGGGACAGAAUUCAAGUGCAUCCAGCCACGUCAAUAAUCAAGCACUGCCGUCAAGCAUUGCUUCGCAAUCCUAUUCGAAUGCUUUGCCAUCUCCUGUGACUAUGAGCAAAGAAUCUACAUAUAAUAUUGGUUCUCAUACGAACUCAAACCAGAGUACAAUUUCUAAUGAUCUUAGUCAGUCACAGAAGGUUGCAAGCCAAGAUGGAAUGCUUCUUUCCCAGAAUGAGCACAAAAAUGUGGAAAAUGUUUCUUCCUAUGUAAAUCAUCGAACAAAUCAACCUGGAAGUUUAGAUGGCUCCAUGAUGAGCAACAAAUCAGACCAGAGUGCAAUGAACUCAUUUAGCAGUUCCUCUCAUGAUACUGGAUCAGCUUAUUCAAGUAGCCCUUACUCCAGUCAGAAGUCUGCCUUGAACUCGUCCAAUCUUGUGCCAUCUACUGUUAGCUAUACCCAUACGUCUGCAUCCUUAAAUAAUGGUUCUAACGAUUUAACAGCCAGCCAGCCACAACAGCCAAAAUAUCAGAGUCAAGUGGUAUCACAGAGCCAGAAUACGCCAUCUUAUGUAUCUGGUUCAUCGUCUUACAGCUUGCAAGCAACACAAUAUUCUGGAUCUGUUACAACUAGUGGAAGUACCUAUCCUUCCCAAACUGGUUACAAUUCGCAUGCGUCUGGGUCUUAUGGAGCUAAUAACAGUGGUUACAGCAGUCAGCAAAGUGUGUAUAGUGGAUCUGUUGCAACCACUACACAAUCAGGAACAAUGAUGUCAACAUCAGUUUCAAGCUCAAAGCUCACCAAUUCCCUUUCUCAUGGAGUAAAGGAUUCUUCGCUUUUAGAACCACAACACAAUUCAUCACAACACACUUAUGAAGUAGCGAGUACAACUAGUAGUUCAAGUGUCUUAACUGCCAGUAGUUUGGCACCGACAUCAUCAGUUAAUCAUUCAGCACAAAAUUCUUCAAAUAUGAACUCUGUAUUAGGUCUUGUAUCUACUUCAUCUUCAACUACUACUACUUCUGUGCUCAAAAACUCCCUUUCUGCAACAGGUAAAGCAGUACCAAAUAUCCCACAAAAUAUGCCUAUGUUGAGUCAUCAAUAUAUCAUGGGACAAGCAAGUUUGCCAUUUUAUGGUUUACAGCAACCUGUUUAUAGUUAUGAAGAUAUGCAAGUGUUACAGUCUAAGCUUUCUACCAUGGGAUUACAGUCUCCUGUAUAUAGUUACGAAGACAUGCAGAUGUUGCAGUCGAAGCUGUCUACUUUGGGAUACUAUGAUAUGCAAUUCCAAGCUCCUACUAGCAUGACUGGUCGGGACCCAGGCAUGGGAAGUGUAGCUUAUACUACGGAUGGCAAGUACAGUAGAGCUGAUACUGAUGCCUCCACAGUUGCUACUACAUUAUCGCAAGGGCAAGCUAGCACACAAGCUCAUGGCCAAGCAUUAUUCAACCCUGCUGCUCUUCCUCCAGGGUAUGGCUAUUAUUUUGCUGGUGGCAUGAUGCCAGGUGGCAUUCCACAUUAUGCUGCUCCACCUAUUUUCCCGGUUCCUCCUGCAACUAACACUCAUGGUGCGACUACAAAUACUCAGUUCCAGAAAGCUAAUGCAUAUGGCUCCCACUCUUAUAACUCAGGCUAUGAAAGUCUAACUCAAGCGCAGGAUUAUACUAAAGGUACUUACGGUGCUGCUUCUCAGAACCAAGUUAAAGGAGUUUCAGGAUCUGGAGCAGUUCCUGACCUUUCAGGCUCAGUGUAUAGCAAAACACAUGCCCAGCUAGCCAAAUCUUACGAUAAGCCUGGUUUCCAUACCGGCACCCCACCUCCUUUCAACUUGGCUGGCAGUCAGGCAGCUGGUCCAUUGGGUGCUUCUUCAGGCCCAUAUGCUACUCAGUUCAUACCAGUCUUGACUCAUGGCCAACACCAUUCAACGGCAUUACUUCACCAUCAUAUGCAGCAAGAUACAACUCAAACUGGUGGCACACCAGCUGCAGGACAGAGGGGACCACAAGGACUAGGGCAGCAAAAGAACAGCAGUAAACAAAGUUAUGCCUACUGGACCAGUAACUAAAAUUUCACUCGAAGAGAAUAUCGAAAAUAACGGUUGCAGAUUGCUCUGACAUAUGGUAGGAAAAAAAAGUGAUUUCGAUGUAGGCGGCACUCUUUCGAGAAGUUUUGUGUAUCUCAUAAACAGGUUUUUUAGAUCCCAUCUGAUGGCGGAACUCGUCAAGCCCUUUCUUUUCAUCAUUGCUUUUCUGUUUUGGCAUACCUGUAAAGUAGCAGAAAUGUAUUGCCUGAGUAUUUUCUCUUAACUUUGCUGUUGCAUCACACAGUCCUUAUCAGUAUCUUCUAUCAGAAGAAAAGUGUUUUUAGAUUUUCUGUAUUAUUUAGUUUAUUAAGAGUUUGCCCAAAGGUUAAAUGUAUGAGGGCAAUGACUAAGAAUUUUAGAUUUUUCAUACAUUUGCCUUAUUUAUUAAAAUCUUCUGAUCAUGUAUGUAUUAUAACUUCAGACUUGUUCCAGAAGUAUGAUAUAGGUCUUGUGUGGCAGUUGCUUCACUGUUAGGUUUGGUGUGUUUUAUGGUCACUGGUUAUUGCUAUGUAUGUAAUAAAGCACACUUUUUGUCAUUUUGUAACCCUUGUUGUUUUCAUAAAGUACCCACAUAUGUAUAAUGGAACUUAGAUAUUUUUGUGUGGCUGAUGUGCAUAGAAGCUGUAAAUUGUGUUGUUAACUAUGAAAUUAAAAUAUGGAGAGAAUAUACACUUAUCAAGGCAAUUGAAAUGAUUAUUGCAAUAAUGGUAAUCUCAAUCAAAAUUUAUCAAAGCUUAUUUAAUAAUUUAUUUUGCACGUAAUUUCCUGCCUGGUUCAUUUUGUAUUUUAAUAAGGGAAGAAAAAUUCAGUUGUCUUGUGCAGUGUUCGAAUUAUCCACACUUUUAAUUAAUAUGAUGUAAUCUUGAGAAUCAGUCUGCUGUUACAUUUAGAUGUGCAAGAACUUCUGACAUAAUUGUUGUAAAGUCACAUUAGUAUUUCAUGGGCCAUGUACAGUACAGAAACGAUCAUUCCUCAUGCAUAUAGCAUCUUUUUCAAAUUCAGUAAAAAUAUAGGUACCUAAAAAAAUUUGAUUUUAUUCUUAUUUCUCCCACCACAUGAGAUUCUUCUUCCAUUGUUUCUGGAGUCGUGUUUGGAAAAGCACCAGAUGCUGUUCUUUGAGUAAUCUUUCUACACAUUUAUCUCUCGUGUUGUUCUGUGAUUUUCAGUGGUUGCUGUGUAUAUAUUCUAAAGAUGGUAUUUGCAAAAACCCAAUUUGUAUGUAUGGGAGAAAUUUGUAUUAGAUUUGAUUGUAAUUUCAAUACUAUUUUGCCGAUUUGUGAUAAAUCAGCAAAAAGAAAAUUAAACUUGAUAUCUUGAAAAAAAGUGUAUGUAUUAUUUUGAAGUGAAAGGUGCAUUUUCAGUAUUCAUUUUUGGAAUAACAAGUGCAAUUGAUUUUUCAUGAAUAUUAUAUACUAGUGAAUAAGGUUUAGAUUUAUGUGAACUUUCUGGAAAAUAGACAAUUAAGUGAACAGUAUAACUAUAAAAUGGCUAAUAUUUUAGAAUAAUAAAUGCAAAAUUUUAAAUUAAAUAAAUGGGAAUGGGAAUUUUUAUAGCAAAAUACCAGUCUAAAGACAUGCUAAUUAAUUAAAUAUAGCACUGCCGUCACUUGACUUGUUUUGUAAAAUUUGAUUUGAUCAGUAUUUUGAUCUAAAGCAAUACUAAAUACUCAGAAAGUUAUUUCAUACAUGUGUACAUAUCACAAGAAAUUGUGGGUCUACUGCAUAUUUAAAUUAAUUUUAGGAAUUUUAAGUAUCAACUAAAUUUCCUUUUAAAAAAUUUAUUUACAAAAAUUAUUCCCACAUUUUACUACACAGGUUUUAAUAUUUUAAUUGUUUUGUAAAGCUAAUAAAUAGAGUAUUACAAUUUGACAGAAUCUGAAGCGUUAUUAUUAACAAACAGAAAAGUUUGAUGUUAUUUAGAAAUGCAUUUCUUCAAUGUGUACUUCAAGCAUAACAUUUUGCUUAUGUCUAGAGAAGAACAUUUUGAUUUUUUGUGUGUUUUCUGCAGGUUCAGAGAGAAAAAUGUAGCAAUUUGCUCUUGGUUGCGUGUCCGCAUAUUCUAUUUUAAUUUUUACCAUUCAGAUUUUAUUUUGCAAUUUAAAUAUUCAUGCAUGUAAUAAAGCUAUAAAUUUUAUUUCAAAA